AUGGUUCAGUUCACCGCCGCACUUUCCCUUUCCCUCGCAGCCCUCGCCAUGCAGGCGUGCGCCAUACCCGUCUUCCACAAGCGCAUCGCGCAGACGACCGCCGAUUCGACCACCUUCUGGGAGAAAGCCUGUCUUGCCGCCGGUGGCGCGGACAAGUGCAACCCCGUCUCGGUGACCGCGUUCUCGACGCUCCUCGCCGCCGCCGGGAACUGCGACCAGCAGGACUCUGGAGACGCGAUGAUCGACCUCGCAAAGACCCUUAACAACGACGCGGACAUGAUCAAGUUCGCGCAGAUCUUCGUCCAGCAGCCGCGCAACACUCCGAACGCUCUCGCCGUGCCUUACUGCCAAACCGCACCAAAGAACCCGGAGCUCAACGGGCUUUUCCAGUGCCAGUUCCAGGGUGCGAACCAGAAGAGCUUCGUCGGCGGCCUGGCGCUAGGCGCUAAUGGCACCAUCCCGUUCGGUCACGCGGAGGCGCUCGCGACGCUUGGCUCGUGCGCCGCCAACCCCAGCGGACCGAUCGCGGAUGGUACGCAGCUCACGGACAUCACGCAGGAUCCGGGUCUGCAGAACAUUGUCUCCACCGGCUCCUCUUCUUCCUCCUCGGCCUCGAUGACUAGUGCCAGCUCCACUGCCACGGCGGACGACUCGACCUCGACGUCUAGUAACGACGAUGAGGACGACGGUGACUGCGAUGAUGAGGACACCACUACCACUGUGACGGCGGCUGCUACCGCUACUACUGCUGCAACCUCAUAUGCGGCGUCCUCGACCGCGGGCGCGACCUCCGUUGCCACGACCUCAUCCGCCGCGACGUCGACCGCGUCUUCCACCUCCUCGUCGGACUUCAAGCUCCAAAACGCGCUCGACGCGCAGAAGCUGAACGCGCAGUUCGCGACCCUCACCGCUUCCUCCUCCUGCACCGAGGGCCAGAACGCAUGCGUCGGCGGCGGGUUCGCGCAGUGCGUCGGCGGCAAGUUCGUCCAGGAGGGCUGUGCGGCGUCGCUACAGUGCUUCGCGCUCCCGCUCGUCAACUCCGCGGGGACGUCGAUCGCGUGCACGACGAAGGCGGACGCCGAGGCGCGGAUUGCCGCGCCCGGCGCGACGGGUGGCAUCACAGGCAGCGAUUGA